CGCCCGGGUCCAGCCCCGCGAGUUGAGGAAGCUGCCAGGAAGGAGCUGCCAGGAAGGUCGCGUUGCCUCCGGGGAGGGCCGGCCGCCUCUGAUCGCUUCUCGGCAACGUAGAUCUACGCCGAGUUUUCCUCCGGCGUAUGCUCUUCCAGCGGCUCCUGCCUCCUGGAGCGAGGAGCGACAGUGGCGACGGCAAGAUCGAGAUUGAUGGCGCGACUUCAUCCAACGAGCCACCUCAGCGAUUCGCCGGGCUCGGAGGCGCGCUCGUGGCGGCCUGCCUCGCAGCCGUGCAGAGCAUCGCCUGCGCCAAAGUCAUGGCCGGUCCGCUGCCUGGUGAGGCGGUAGCCGUCGCGAUGGCGCUGUGCCUCCUCUCCUCGUGCGCUCUUCAGCUCCUCCUGUGCUGGCUCAGCCGUCUUGCGCUGGUCGCGUGCGCCGACUCGUUCGCCGCCGCGCUCUUUUCUCCCCUCGCGGCGCGGCUGCUCGCCGCCGACUGCCCGAGCCCUCUCGGCCACCUCUUCGUCUCUCUCGCCACCUUCCAGCUCGUCACCGCCGCCGUCUACCUCGCCAGCGCGACACUGCGCGGUGGGCGGAUCGUGCGACAUCUGCCCGAGCCGGUCUCCCUCGGGUACUUGGCCUCUGUCGGGCUCAUCCUCGUCGACUCGAGCUCGAAGGCCGAGAUGGCACCGAGAUUGGGCCGAGAUAUGGGGGGUCGAGAUAUGGGACGAGAUUGGGACGAGAUUGGGACGAGAUUGGGACGAGAUUGGGGCGAGAUUGGGGCGAGAUUGGGCCGAUAAGAUGUAUGGGUCGAGGCGCCCAUGAGCUGGCCAGCUCGUGUCCAUGGGCUCGUGUCCAUGGGCACGGGUGGCUGACGCACCCCAUACCACAUCUAACCACGAGAUCUCCCGAGAUGAGGUCGUCGGCUGCUCGCUGCUCGACCCGCUGUCGGUCUGGCGGGCGCCCGCCGCCGCACGGGCUCAGCUUGCCCUCGGCGCUUGCGCCAGUCGCCUGGCUCCACAUCAGCCGAGGUCAGCCGAGGCCAGCCGAGACCGCCCCAGACUAGGCACCGCGCUCGGCGUCUUGCUCACUGUCGCCGGGCGCAGGCUCAUCGGCUCAGCGCGUGUGGCCCUCGUGCCCGCGACCGCCGCUCUCGCUGCUGCCGUGCUCCUCCUCCUCCCCCUCGCCUCGGUCGACGUGGACGGGUGGGCCCUCGACGUGCCUGCCGUCCGGCUCUCCUCGCUGCCGGCCGCCCUCUCUCUCGGCGAUGUCCGCCUGGCGUCGGCUGCGCGGGACGGGGCGGUGACAGCUGCGGUGGCGGCCCUCCCCAUGGUGCCGCGCCUUAGAUGGCGAGCCCGCGCCGUCCCGCUCCACACGAUGCGGUCGUCUACGAUGCGGUCGGCGGUCUCAUGGUUUGCGGUGUCACUCCCCGACGCAUCGCGGUCGUAGCUCGUGUGCUGCCGCGGACGCGAGAGUGCAAAGGGACCGUACACGAUUCACAGCCUCGCCUUGUGCACACACAGGCUGCCGCGAGAUGACCCGAGAUGACCCGAGAUGACCCGAGAUGACCCGAGAUUAGGUUGCCGGGCGGAUGAUGGCGUACUCCGCGAUGCGGCGCCGAGCGCACCUGAUUCUCUGCCGCUGAGCCUCUCGGACGCAACUCUCGCACGCAUCUCGGCUCUCUCUCCC